GUUAUGUUUACAGUAUACUGGCAGACCGAUAAGGAAAGAGAGGACUAUGAAAAAGUGCGACACUUCCAUUCUUCCACAUGGUUCUGUCACUGCUAAGGCGAGCUGCGCAGACAGCGAUAUUAUACCUCUCAUAGGAAAGUUACAGUGUUGUUUUCAGCAGCGAAGUGCUCUAGGUAUCACAGGGCGAGUUUUCAGUCGCACUGGCAGUUGAACGUUUGAUUGCAGAACGUUGAAGGAUUUUAAUGUGUUAUUUCGUUCUCUUUUUUGAAGAUAUACUCGCACUAGAGACUAACUGCGCAGCGUCUCCAAAACGGACUGAAAGAUAGAGGAGACUUGCAAUAACUUUUACGCAAUCGGUUCAGUGUGGUUACAUAAACAUACGUUUAUUGAGUGACUGAAAGAAAACCGAUGAUAUAACAGCAUUGGCAACUUUUACGCACUUUCUCACCCUAACAAAAUUCUGAACAGCACUUUUUUUGGUACGUUUUCUGUCUAACCGAGAGAUUGAGAAAGAAAGAGAAACGAUGGUACAGCACAUGAGCCACACAGAGAGCACAGAUUCAUUCUCUCCUGGUGGGGACGGCACCGAUACCGGAGAUAUGGACUUGGACAUGGACGCGUCUCCGACUCCCGGGUCUCCGCUAUCCUCCACGGGAGGGGAGCGAGGCAACGUCGCCUGGUGUAAAACCCCCACGGGACACAUCAAGAGACCGAUGAACGCAUUUAUGGUGUGGUCUCAGAUCGAGAGGAGAAAGAUCAUGGAGCAGAGCCCGGACAUGCACAACGCUGAGAUUUCCAAGCGGCUGGGCAAGCGCUGGAAACUACUCAAAGACACAGAUAAGAUCCCGUUCAUCCAGGAAGCAGAGCGGCUGAGACUCAAGCACAUGGCCGACUAUCCUGACUACAAGUAUCGGCCACGGAAGAAGGUUAAGACGCCCAGCUCCAAGACAGAGCGGGGGGAGAGGGGAGAGAAAGGCGCGGAUAGGAGCAGGGGUUCUAAGUCCUCAUCGAAAAGAGGCUCUGGGUCUAGGGGGAACAGCAGAGUGCCCAAGCCGGGACAGGGGAGCGUCAAGCUGCCUACCCAGGUGCAAGAGUGUGCGUCUCCCGCGGAUCACCACACGCUCUACAAAUCCAGGUCAGUGACUGGUGCCCGGCAGAUACCAGACAAGCCAGCCAGGCGCGGCUACAUGUUUAGUGGGGGAGGGAGCUUGGACAGCGGGCCACCCUCUGUGGGAGUCCCAGGGAGUCCCGCCCUGAGCAGCUCGUCUGAGUCCUGUGACCCGAUGAGCCUGUAUGAAGACCAGGCGACGGGGGUGAACGAAGCACUUUCCUCCAACCCUUCAACAUCCUCACCAUCAUCGGCAGUCCGCCUCAGGUACACACGUGCGUCCUCUCCAACCCCGUCCGCCUCUCACUCCUCUUCCUCCUCCCUCUCUUCUUCCUCGGAUGAAGAGCUGGAGGAUGAGCGGUUCGAGCUACAGCCGAGCCCCGGGUUUGAGAGCAUGUCUCUGGGCAGCAUGGGGCCAUGUGAGUCGGAGCUGGACAGGGAUCUGGACUGGAGCUUCGGAGAGUGUGGGGCAGGAUCUCACUUUGACUUCCCCGACUACUGCACCCCCGAGGUCAGCGAGAUGAUCUCGGGAGACUGGCUGGAGUCCACCAUCUCCAACCUCGUAUUCACUUACUGAGUGGCGGAAAGGAGAGAAAUCACAGAGAACAAGAGGGAAAGAGAAGCCCCGCCUCGCGCAAAACUAAAACCCAGUGAGUGUGAAAGAAGAAUCUUCAGACAUUCUUUCAGAUUAUUAGGGAGAGUGAAAUGUGAACAAAACUAACCCUCGUUUUGGAAAGAAUAGCCUAAUAUUAAGUACAUGUGUUUAGGUUAAAUUGUGCAGAAUGUGUGUAUAAAAAACAUAAUCGUCUGUUCCAUGUGGGUAUUGACACGAACGGGGACAGACAAGGGCGCAUUGUUGCCUGGUGCGCCGAACUGAAGGAAAGUGCAUCGCUUGCAUUUGGAGAGAGAAGAGAGAAGGACUCUGAGCACGCCUCUUUUAGAAGUGACACACAGACACACACACAGACUUACUGAACUGAAGUAUUCAACCGGCUGGCAGGAGGAGGUUUGUAGGUUGAUGGUGAACAUGACUAUGGGUAAAUGGGGUUUUGGAGAGCUUGAUGUUGCCAUGGAGAUGAAAGCAGUAUAAGUGACCCACUUCAGUUGUUGUUCUCUGUGUGGGCGGGGUUUACGAAGGUGAUAUUCAGGUGUGUUUUUCUGAAGCUUAACAUGCAUGCGCUCCCUUGUGGAGUAGUCUGCACUGUUACAUUGACUGAUGCAUCUGAAAACAUGUUUAUUACAAUGUCAUUACCGCGCUGAUUGUGUGUGCGUGUGUGAGUGAGUGUGCGUAUAUGUGUGUGUGUGUGUGUGUGUGCGAUCACAGAACACAGUUCACAAUCACCAGCUUUCCUCUCAACGGCAGGACUUUUAAUGAAUUAACAACUCAAACUCAGAAUCUUUUCUCUGAAACCUUUUACACUCUGAAUGCACAUUUCAGGACCAAUUCCCUUAGUGCGCAACGCCUAGCACAUCUGGCUGUAGUUAUUCUAUAUCAGAUGACCUUUUUUUUAUAUCAAUGUCUUUACACCAGCCCAACAUGUUUUGUUUUUUAAAUAAUUUGAAGUAUUGUUAUUGUAUAAUAGGUCUUGUUUGUGUGUAAACCACCUGGCUGUAUCCCUGUGCAGGAGGGCUAGAAGUGUAUCUUAUUUAAAAUGUUGAUAUCUCUCACUUUUUAAAGGAGAACUCAGUAAGUGUGUCAUUUUGUCUAUAUGUGUAUUUUUGUACGAUAUCUAUGGGAGGGAGUGCCAGUGGGUGGUUGCUUUGAUUCCUGAUGUUCAAAGCCAGAGGGUCCGUUGUCACAUAUAUUCUGCUCCUUUAUACAAUGUUUACACAUGACAGUAUCGCGCCACAUGCUUCUUAAAGGCACAGUGUCUGUAUUACACCAGCCAAGACAGUAUCGCGCCACAUGCUUCUUAAAGGCACAGUGUCUGUAUUACACCAGCCAAGACAGUAUCGCGCCACAUGCUUCUUAAAGGCACAGUGUCUGUAUUACACCAGCCAAGACAGUAUCGCGCCACAUGCUUCUUAAAGGCACAGUGUCUGUAUUACACCAGCCAAGACAGUAUCGCGCCACAUGCUUCUUAAAGGCACAGUGUCUGUAUUACACCAGCCAAGACAGUAUCGCGCCACAUGCUUCUUAAAGGCACAGUGUCUGUAUUACACCAGCCAAGACAGUAUCGCGCCACAUGCUUCUUAAAGGCACAGUGUCUGUAUUACACCAGCCAAGACAGUAUCGCGCCACAUGCUUCUUAAAGGCACAGUGUCUGUAUUACACCAGCCAAGACAGUAUCGCGCCACAUGCUUCUUAAAGGCACAGUGUCUGUAUUACACCAGCCAAGACAGUAUCGCGCCACAUGCUUCUUAAAGGCACAGUGUCUGUAUUACACCAGCCAAGACAGUAUCGCGCCACAUGCUUCUUAAAGGCACAGUGUCUGUAUUACACCAGCCAAGACAGUAUCGCGCCACAUGCUUCUUAAAGGCACAGUGUCUGUAUUACACCAGCCAAGUAAACACAUUGACACCCGCUACGUCACUAGAGUGUCAGCUGCACCCAGUGACUGUGUUUCAACAGUGGAUUUGCAUAACUUGGACCCAGAUGUAUUUGUGCUAUCUUGUCAAGUCCUUGUCAAGGAGUGGCACGAUGGCACAAACAGACUUGGCGCCCAGGCUACAGUAUAUCAGAAUUGUUCAAGAGAGAGAUAGAGAUGCUGUUGGAUUGAGAGAAAACAUCGGUAUGCUUUUGUUGAUAGGUUUGAUUUGAAACCACUGACUGGAUGGAAUGUGACACUCACACAUUCUAAAUGCCUAUUUGAGUCAGAGGGAGGUGGAGAAAGGUGUAUGAAGUGCUUCGAUCAUCUAUCAUUGCGCAAUUGCAUAAUAAGAGUAUUUAAUCGUUUUUCUACCUGUUGGCUUACUUGGCUAAGACUAGCUAGCUAAUAGUUUUUCUACCUGUUGGCUUACUUGGCUAAGACUAGCUAGCUAAUAGUUUUUCCUAUAUUAUGGCAUGGCAAAUUAGCAAUUGUAUUUCAGAAUCAGGUAUAUGUAUAGCUGUUGUGUUUAAGAUUUUUUUUUUUUAAGAAUAUCAAUUGAAGAUAUUUUUUGUUCAUUGACUGUAUUAUUAUGCAGAUAUGAUUGUGUUUCUAUGUAUAAUGAUCAACGACAGACACUAAAAUUGCCAUCUUUUGUCAUUAUGAUGUUAAUGAUUGUGGUCCAGGAUGUUUAUUUUUCCAUUAUUUUGUUUUUCUUCCAUUUGUGCAAUAUGCUGUGUGUAUGAUCAUGUUUCCUCCAAUCGUACCAUAUCUCAUUUGAAUAUAGAACUCAACGCCAGCCAAUCGGGUCAAUGACUGCCUCAGACCUCUAUUACAGAGCAUUUUAUUUGUUUGUAUGUUUGUUUAGUUUUUUUCAAGACGGAAAUAAAAUCAGCUGGAACUGAA